CUUGAUGAUUCUUAUGAUCGUGGCUCCUACAAGACCUGCACCGUCUUAGUCAAGACUCUCACAACGGCCGAGCUUCUACGAUGCACAUCGACAACAUGACCCGUCCGUUAUACGCGACAACCAAUGACAACCUCUUGGGGUUGCCAGUCCGCUCCAAGGCGCCUCGAGUGCGCGCAUUCUCACCCAAAGUUCGCACUGGAUGUAUUACAUGGUAAAUGAAAUUUUUGUUAACGCUUUGUGACAGCAAAAUUCGCAGGAAAAAAUGCGACGAAGAAAAACCAGCCUGCCGUCGAUGCAGAGACAGUCAAGUCAAGUGUGAUGGAUAUGCACCUAUACCGGCCCAGAAGAAGAGAUCGCCUUUGCAGAAGGCCGUGUCUGCGAAGGCGAAGAAGAGAACCAUUCAGGCUACUCCCGAAAUGGUCCAAACCGUCGUUAAGCAUUCACAGCCACGUUUUUCAAUUCCAGGCAACAAACUGAACCUCGAAAUCGACGGUAGUGUGUACGACCGCAUGUUUUUCCACCACUUUCGCUCCAUUACCAUGAUCGACUUCGUCCGUCUCGUCAAUCCCAAAGAUUUCUGGUCCCAGAGGGUGCUCCCUAUGUGUCAUGAUGAGCCUGCCGUGCGUAAUGCGGUUAUUGCGCUUGGCGCAGCCCACUAUGUUUACCUACAAAAGCUCUCCAAGCCUUACCCGCGAGAAGCCGACACAUCUAUGACCUAUUUUGAGUGCGUGGCAACGCAGUAUUAUAAUAACGCUAUUGGACAGCUAGUAACACUCAACGAUGCCAACAACUCGACACUCUGGGAUUCGCAACUUAGGAUCCUUACCUGCUGCCUACUGUUUAUAUGUCUCGAGAACAUCUUUGGCCGCAGCGAUGAAGGACUCCGUCAUAUGCAAGCCGGCGCUCGCCUCCUUGAAACCUUCGACUUGUCUACUGCCCCACCUAACUUUCAACAACUAAUACAAGAGAUUGCAACUGUGGUGCAACCAUUUGCCAGCCUCGCGGAAGCCAAAGACGCCAUGUGGGACCUAGAUGUUAGAAUGACCUACAUCGAAUGUCCCGAUCACGAAUCAGGUGUAGUACCUGACAAAGACCACUACAUACCCGACAAUAUGAAUGAACUCAUCGAGCCGUUCGAGCGAUGGAAGACCAAGUUUAAUCUUCUCGUCGCUUCUCAGAUCGACAAUACAGAUGUCCCGAUAGAGAUACAAAGGGAGACACUGACUCUAAUGCUUCGCCGCGCCGUAUGGGAAGUCAUCAUGCCCAUCAACUCCGAUAACGAAGCCGAGGAACUGGCGAGGCUCCAACGCGAGCUGGUUGACAUGGCAGAGCUCUUAUACAGCAUUGAGAGCUCAUGGUUAGAUCGACCUAUAUUCACAUUGGACAGUGAUACUAUCCCUGCCCUGUACUUCGUUGGGUUGUCCUGCGAAGACCCUGCAUUGGCUCAGCGCAUUCUCGCUCUCUUGCGAGGUUCCCGAAGAAGAGAAGGGCCCUGGGAUAGCUGGAAGGUGGCAGACAAGCUUGAAGCCGAGUUACUGAACCCCAGUCCUUGCCCGUUUAAGAGCGGCUCGGAUUCUUCUUUAUCAUGCAGGUCAGGGAGUACCCCGAAUUCUGCGGGAUCAUCUCCAUCAAGUGGCACGCCAGAUUUCACUUCCUCGUUUUCAGUUUGUAAGACGGAAUUUCUUUAGGAAUACCAUUUAUACUGUUUCUUCAAUCAUUCUUUUUCCUCUU